UUAUAGGUUUCAAAAAUGUUGAUACAUACGGGGGAUGUUCAACCUAACUGUCAGCUUUAUCCGGAUCUCAAGAGAACAACGACCGAGGAAAUAGCUUCAUCUCUGGCACUGAGACUGUCCACUAAGAAGACUUGCCAGGAGAAUUGUGGGGGUUCCUGUGUCUGCGUGCUUGGUACGAACACUGAACACACUGGACUUCCUGUCGGAAUACCCAAAGAGAACAUCAACCUUCAAGUCAAGUUGUUCAUAUCAGAGAAGACGACAAAAGAGAACAUAGUGAAAGCAGUUGACUCAGUGUUACAGGAAUUCAGUGAGCUGGAUCAGGUUGAUCAGCUCUUCAUUUCCACCGCUGAUAAAACCAACAAGGACCUCCUAUUAAAGUGCUGGCCUUGGCUUGAGGAUCUAGCAAAGGCCGGAAAAGUAAAACAUUUAGGCUUGUCCGAUCCAAGAUGCCAAACGAUCCAGCCUCUCAUCGAGAGCUGCAAGAUUUGGCCCAAGAGCAUCCAGCUGCUGUUCAAAUGUGAGAACCUGAGUGACACGUGUAUUGACCUACUAAAACUGGCUAAUUACUACAAGAUCCGAGCUACAAUCCACCGUGAUGACCUUACAAACAUGACUGAUUUAAAGGCCAACUUGAAGUCUUCGCUCGGAGUUUCUAUUUCGGAGUCGUGGUUGGCAAAGUAUUCCAUGUUCGACGCAAAACGGAAAGUUAUUCUGAAGAAAGGGUAUCUGGUGGAGAUGGAGAAUUUGGGAAACCACUGUUGUUCAGAUAACACGAUCACCGAAUAGGAGGAGAGAAGAGAAACUUGUUGAACUUGUUGAACUUAUCACCGAUAAUGAUGAUUGUUUUUAGACGAUAGUUUUUCUUAUUUAAACGAAACGAUGUCAUUAUUGUAUUUUAGCUUUUUUUAAAUUUUGAUAUUAUAGAACUAUGAUUGAAUUUGAUGUGCAUGAUAAAAUCAGAAAAAAGUAGAAAUAGUUCUUCCACCAUCAGACAUACUUUUCAGUUUUAGCAUUUAAAUAUUAUGAUAUACAAUAUUAUCGAUGAUACAUAUCAAAUUAUGUCAAAUUUGCAUAAUAUUAAUACGCAUCUUAAAAUUGCGUUACGAUUCAAUUUAUAAUAAUAUAUUAGAUUAUGUAUAAUACCUUGAGUCUCGCCUAAAAUACAUAUUAAAUAUCAUAAUGAUUUUUCAGAAAUAUUGAACUUCAAUUAUUAGAAA